CUGGAAAACCUUAUGACACCCUGUGGUGAGAACAUCUGAGGCGAAGAAGUCUGAGACUAAAACUACAACAGCUUAUGGAAAAAAAAAAAAUAUAUAUAUACUCUUAUUUUUUUACGUUACUCUGGAAGACUAACGCAUUUUGGUAAAUUACUUUGCUACAAAUUUCUGCAAUCUUUUUUGUUUGGGACUUUUUGUACUGUCUAGUUCUAAAGGACAAGAAGUUGCCUCUUAGACUGCUGUGUCGCCUGAGAGAACACAGAAAAAGCAAUGUCCUAUACAUCCAAACUUCCUGCGUCCUGGAAUGAUAAACCUCCUUCUCGCAAAGUGGAAAUUGACCUGAGUUCACCGGGCUUAGCUGUGUUUGAGUUGGAAAGACUCUUGUUUACUGGGAAAGCCAUCAUCAGCCAUGCAGACGAAGUGUGGCCAAGGCUUUACAUUGGUGAUCAACACAGUGCAGAGAACCGGGCUGAUCUAUCCAAGCAUCGAGUCACUCACAUCCUCAAUGCAGCUCACAGUAAACGCGGAGUACAGCCGGACAUCUACGUGGGCAUGGAGAUCACCUACAUGGGCAUAGAGGCUCAUGACUCCUGUGGCUUUGACAUGAGCGUCAACUUCCAGGCAGCAGCAGAUUUUAUCCACCGGGCCCUCAGCAGAGGAGGCAAAGUGUUGGUGCACUGUCACGUAGGAGUGAGCCGCUCCGCCACCCUGGUCCUGGCUUACCUGAUGCUGAAGCAGAACCUGACCCUUGUGGAGGCUAUUUGUGCUGUUAAAGAUAAUCGGGGUGUCAUCCCUAAUCGAGGUUUUCUCCGACAGCUCAUCAAACUGAAUGGCCAGCUCUUUCGCACACACUGAACACUGCCUGGUAGCAUUACUGGUCCGAUUUCAUGGGUCCAGAACAUAGGAAAAAUAUGACAAAGGAUAGCUCAAGUAUAUUGCAUAUUGUUAAAAAUAUAAGAUACAUGGAUUUCAUAAGACUUGAACUAAUAUUGUUUUUGAAAAAGGACUUACAGCAUCUGAUCAUUUCCUGGAUCAUGUCUUAUUUGCCUUUAACUGUUAGAUAAAACAUAUCUAUAUUCUGUCAUUUUGUAAAGGUUAAAUGGUUUUCAUUUUUUCAUUAAAAAACGUGA